AUGAUUAUUGACAAGAUAUGCACCAAUUUGAACAGUCUAGAUCAUGAUCAUGUACAUGUCUAUGCCAUAUGGGGUGUGGGGGGUUUGGGUAAAACCACACUUGCUCAACUGAUUUUCAACGAUUCAAGAGUAGAUAAGUUGUUUGAUUUCAAACUCUGGUUGCAUGUAUCCAAUGACUUCAGCAUCGAAAGACUAGCUAGAGAAAUUUUGAAGUGUAUAGAAGGUGAUUCCUCCAAUCUCUCACUCAUGGAGCUUGAACCAUUGCAACAACGACUCCAAGAGAAAUUACAGAGAAGAAGAUUCCUCUUGGUUUUGGAUGAUGUCAAAAAUGAGAGCAAUGAGGAAUGGAAUGGAUUGAUGCAAGCAUUGAGGUGUGGAUGUAAAGGCAGUGCUAUUCUGGUAACAACUCAAAGCAUGAAACUUGCUGAUACAAUAGCUACCCUUCCCACAUUAGUACAUCCACUCAGUUGCUUAUCAGAAAGUGAUUCUUGGUUGUUAUUCAAACAUUAUGCAUUUGGUGUUGAAAGAGAACUAGAAAGUACAGAGUUUGAGACAAUCGGCAAAGCAAUUGUGAAGAAAUGUGAGGGUUUGCCUUUAGCAUUAAAGGUCAUAGGAAGCUUAAUGUGCCUCAAAAGUAGCAUAAGCGAUUGGUUGUGUAUACUACAAAGUGAAGUUUGGGAGCUGACAGAUGAAGGAACUCAUACUCAUAUCUUACCAUCUUUGAAGCUAAGCUAUGACAAUUUGCCUCCACAUAUGAGACAAUGUUUUGCUUUAUGUUCUAUAUUCCCAAAACACCAUGAAAUGGACAAACAAUUGUUGGUAGAGCUUUGGGUGGCUUAUGGUUUUGUCCCAUCAAGAGGUGAUUCUGACUUAUACGAUUUAGGUGAAGAGAUAUUCAAUGCUUUAGUUUGGAGGUCCUUCUUGCAAGAUGUCAAAGAAUGCAUCUUUGAAGGUGUUACAACGUGUAAAAUGCAUGAUGAGAUGCAUAAUCUUGCACAAUCUGUUAUGAAGUACGAAUGUUCAAGCAUAAUGUCUGGUGAAAUACUAAAAUUCCCUGAAGAAGUUCUUCAUUUAUCUUCUAAUGACAUCAUAUAUCUAUCAAAUGAAGUAAUGGCAAAAGCAAAAUCCUUGCGUUCACUCAUCACUUUUGAAGGUUUUUCAAGAAUUCCUACCCCUGACUACAUCUUUGAACAAAGGUAUCUCAGAGUGUUACAUUUAGGGUCAAGUUCAGAUAUGCUAACAGAUUUACCAGAGUCAGUUGGAAACCUAAAGUUUCUUAGGUAUCUUAAUGUCUCACGCUCAAAGAUUGCUGCUUUACCUAACUCCAUUGUUCAACUCCAAAACCUACAAACCCUAAAACUAACCUUUUGUGAAAAUCUCUCUGAAUUACCUGAAGGAAUCAGGUACAUGAGAAAUCUUAGACAUUUGAAUAUCCACGGGUGUUGCUCUCUUGAUCAUAUGCCACUUGGCAUGGGACAGUUACGCCACCUAAGAAGACUCAGCACGUUUCUUGUGGGCCAGGGUGUCCAAAUAAGCGAGUUACAAGAAUUGAAUCUUUUAGGAGGAGAGUUUAGCAUAAAGGGUCUUACAAAUGUGAAACAUCCGUUUCAAGCUCAAAGUGCAAACUUGAAAAAGAAACAGAAUAUAAACUGUUUAAAUCUAUCUUGGAAUUGGAAGAACAGUAAAGAAGAUAACAUUCCUGUUAACAAUUCAGAAGGGAUUUUGGAAGCACUUCAACCCCAUUUGAAUUUAAAGAUGCUAACAAUAUCUGAUUACCCAGGUUCACGUGUUCCAUAUUGGAUGGGUAGUUUGGUAAAUCUUGUUAGUAUUUCAUUUGAAGGUUGUAGAAGAUGUGAAAGUCUGUCUUCUAUUGGGAAACUACCCUCUCUCAAGGUUCUUGAACUGAAAGAGAUGGAUGUUCUUAAAUAUCUUGAUGAUGAAGAAAGAAAUAAUCAAAACCUAUUUCCUUGUUUGGAUAAACUAAUCAUAAACGAAUGCCCCUGUUUGAUUGAACUGCCUUAUAUCCCAAAACUGGAAUUGUUACAAAUAAUCAAAAGUAAUGAGGAGAUUUUUAGGUCAGUGAAAGAGCUCAAUUGUUUGAAGAAACUUACAGUUGAGGGUUGUCAUGGUAUUAUUUCGUUUCCUUCAGAUUGGUUUCAGGGAACACCGGAUCUCAGAUCACUGAGUAUUUUGGAUUGUUUAAGGUUAGAGAGUUUGGAAGAUGGAUUGCAGUGUUUAAAAGCUUUGGAGGAAUUACAAAUCAUGGGGUGUCCAAAUUUGAGGUGUUUACCAGAUGGGUUGCAGAAUCUUGAAAAACUCAAGUCUGUGGUUAUUGGGAAUUGUGAAAUGGUGAAGCUAAGGUGUGAGAAAGACGUAGUGAAUAUGAUGGAUGUGAAUAGUAAUGUAAUCUUCUGGUGCUCUGAAUUCAGGAGAACUUACGAUCCAUUUCGGUGCAUUUUUGGUUGUAUAUGUAGCAUUGCUUGGUGUCGUGGUUGGAUCCAUGAAGUUGAAGGUGUCAUACAAGAAGGUUGACCCAAGGUUUUGGAAAAUUUGACAAGGAUCAUGAGCUUUCAAGAAAUAGUAUGAUUGACAAUGGAAGGCUCUAGUGGUAAUAGUUUUGUGGAAACUUGGUUGUAAUAGAAUAUGAUUUUGUAGUAUAGUGUGGAUUCAUGUAUAAAUAGGUAGUUUCUUGUUAUUUGUAUUCAUCCCU